AUCCAAGGGGAAAACGGAAACAAAACAUUCCAGGAGAAUUUAGAAACAUCUGAGAUCAAUGGGCUGUGUUUCAUCCAAAAUCUUCAGGAGAGAUCUCAAACAGGAAAUUCGUCUUGGCAAUGGCGAUUGCGCCAACCAUGUCGUCUCUCUCACGUCAAGCACCUACGGGGUUCUGAAACUCGACGACGAGCGACCCGUGAAGGGUUCUGUUGUAGGAACUAAGCGGUCGCCUCCUCGCGAUGCGCCGGAGAUCAUCAACGCUUGGGAGCUCAUGGAAGAUCUCGAAGACGGAAUGCCCAUUUCGAUUCAAGCCAAGAAAAGCCCGAAAUCACGGGCUUUUCUUCGCGAUAUGCCUGAAAUUCAUGCGAGGAGCCCUCUGAAGUUCCUCAACCGUAUGAGUUCUCCGAAGAAAUUGAAGAGAUUUUCCGGGAAAGAAAACCAGCAACGUUUGAAUGGGAACGGUUGGGGCUUGACAUUAUUGGAUCACAGCCCAAAGCGAGUCCUGAAAGCAUUUAAUUUUUCUGAGAAUUCACGGAAUGGGAGAAUCUCUGCCAAGGGAAAUCCAGUUUGUGCACAAUCUGGUAGUUUGAGGACCGAUUUGGGGUUCUUCUCAAGGAGACCAUUGCAGGCUCCCCUUUUCGAUCCAGAGCUCGUUGCAUCGUUCGAGAAAGAAAUAUCUGAAGAGGAAGAACAUAUCAAGAAGAUGGUGUCUGCCACGCCCAAAAUCCAAAAACAGAGAACUUCCUCAAAUUGUGAAAUAAUUCUCGAACUGUUCGAGGAAAAAUGCCCACCAGGUGGCAAAAAUGCGGUAGUCAUUUACACGACGACGUUGCGGGGAAUCAGGAAGACCUUUGAAGAUUGCAACAAUGCUCGGAGAAUAAUUGAAUCGCAUAAUGUUCAUAUGUUUGAGCGUGAUGUUUCGAUGGACUCGGGGUUUAGGGAAGAGCUAAGGGGCCUAAUGGGGACAAAGGAGGUAAAAGUACCACUUGUGUUUGUGAAGGGAAGGUUGAUAGGGGGAGCUGACGAACUGUUGAAGUUGGAAGAGGAAGGCUCUUUGGGUGUUCUCUUCCAUGGGAUCCCGAGGGCGGUCGCAGGGUGCGAGGGGUGCGCUGGAGUGAGGUUCGUGAUGUGCAUGGACUGCAAUGGGAGCUGUAAGGUUUUGGACGAGGAUCGGAAGCAGACUGUGAAAUGUGGUGAGUGCAAUGAGAAUGGGUUGAUUCAGUGCCCCAUCUGUUGUUAAAAUUCAACUUCUGUGAUUUAUCUGUGCUCUAGAUUUGAGAUUUUGCCCUUCAAGGUUUGAAGGGUAGGAUUCUAAUUAAUGUGAGUUUUUGGCCAUUUUUGUGUGCUGUAGUUCUGGCUGCAAGCUUGGAUUUGGGGGUAUUAGAUCUUUCAAUCAACUUUGUUUAUCAUUGGAUAAAUUAUGUGGCCUUUCCAUUCAUUUGGGGUUGAAGUCUUGUAAUCCUGGGCUUGCAGUUUGCCAUGAAAUGUGUUAUUUGUCUCCUGAAGAUAGAGAUGUCUUUGUUCUUUUCUUUUUUUUUUCAUUAUUCUUUUUUACACUUGUAUCAAGAUUUUAAGCUAUUGAUGAUUCAAUUCACGUAUUUUACC